GGAAGUUGGUCACUGUGGUGUUGUAACUAGUAGUGAGGUCACACAGCUGCUAACGGCUAACUGCUAACAGCUAGCAAUGAAAAGCAGGCAAUAUUAACGAGUUUAACUUCUGAAGGAGCAGCUCCUCUCAGCUCCAACAGCUGGAAACCUCAGGCAGUUCUCAGCCAAUCAGAGAGGAUAGCGAGGCCCAACACCUCCAUCAAGAGAAAACAAAGUGGAGGCCGUGGUGCGUUUAGGGUCCGCUGUGACGUGCUGAACGUUCACCUGCCCUCCAGCUUCCCGUCGGCCUGGUUCUGAUCGGCUCGGCUCGGUCCGAUGGCGCGCCACAGCAAGCUGCAGAAGCAGGUCCUGGUCCUGUACCGGCACUUCCUGCGGGCCGGUCGGGACAAACCGGGCUUUGUCCCGCGGAUCCGCGACGAGUUCCGUGAGAACGCCGGCAUCAAGAAGACGGACGUGAUGCACAUCGAGUAUCUGUUCCGCCGAGGACAGAGACAGCUGGAGCAGCUGAGGGACGUCAACACCAAGCAGCUGGGCUCCUUCUCCAAACCUACGCACAAGAGCUGACCUCUGACCUCUGGCCUGAACCUGCUGCGUUCAAGUGCGCCGUUGAAAUGCGAGGGAACUUGUAAUGCAAUCGUGACGUAUUUUUUGUUGAGUAAGAAAAGUAAAAUAUGUUCCGACUGUUUGGACUCAUGAACAUUAAUAAUGUUCCUUUGACCCUGAGUGAUGAUAAUAAUAAAGUCAGUGAAAAGAUUCAUGCUUCAGUAAUUAUCAUCAUCAUGUUAACUCAUAUUCAAGUUACACAUAUUUCACUAUUCCAUUACCCACCUUAGUUCAUGUUGUACGAGUGUAUGUAACAAGGUACAUUUACUGCACUUAAAUACUAUUUCCUGGUCUUUUUACUUCAAUGAAGUAUUUCAGGUUGUAGAUUGUAGAUUUUACUUUUCUACGUUUUAUCAAAUAACUAAAGAACUUCCAACAGAUUGUAAAGGAGUUGAAAUGAUCAUGUGUGAAAAAUUACUCCAAAUAAUAAAAUAUAAA